AGGCCUGGCACGCUCCAGCCCAAGGAGGGCGUCAGCUGCAGCCCGUCCCCCUGCCUGGGCUUGCCUUGAGCGUUCUGCCGUCGCCGGAGCGAGGAGGGUGUUGGGGGCGGGUGGAGCUGUACGUGCCCAGCUUAGAAUACAGGGUUGGGGGGGCUCAGAGAGCACAGAGGCUAGGAGCCCGUCAGAGCGUGUAGCCCAGUGGUGCGAGGGCAGGUGGGAGCGCCGGGCCGUGCGGCGUGCGCUGGUUGGCCGGCUCGCGCCCUGGUGCGCAUGCGCGCCCGCACAGCCCUGCGGGAGGAGCGGCUGUCCUCCCUCCGGGUGUACUGGGUGGGAGGUGGAACAGGUCGGACAAAGCCCUCGCGUCGGACCGGUGCUGGAACUCAAUUAAUGGAUGCCUGGAAGUUGACGGCCAUAUAUAUUCAGAAAUGUUUUGCCACCUGAGACCUAUGAGGAGGUUAUGUCUAGAGAAGAUAUUUCCACGCUGGUUUCCCUAUUCGAGAGCUUUAUCAGGAGCUGAAGCAGUCAAUGCCUUGAGGCCUUUCUAUUUUGCAGUACAUCCAGAUUUCUUUGGACAGCACCCCAUAGAAAGGGAAGUCAAUGAAAAUUCUCUUAAGAGGUUAAGUGUCUACUUAGAAAACCUCCAGAAACCAGGCUUCAAGUCUUUGAAACCAACUCAGCUUACAUUUUAUGUAAGAGAAACAGACCAGAGUUCCUCUGAUGGCCAGGAACCUUUUAGUACUUCCGGAUUUCGAGCAGUCAAAUUUACUUUGCACACCAGAGAUCUGCUAAGCACAGUAUUAUAUAUUCUCAACUCCUGCAGUUUAUCUGUUGAACAUAUCCAAAGCUUGAAUACUAAUGUGCAUACCCAGCCUCUCAAAGAAGCUAAAAGGAUGCCUGACAGGCCCAUCAAAUGGGACAAGUCUUAUUACUCCUUUACUGGAUUCAAGGACCCCGAUGAAGACCUUGAACAAGUCUCGAGAAUGGAAACAACUCUCACAUCCUGGUUAGAUAACAAUGGGAAAAGUGCUGUCAAAAAGCUGGAGAACAGUUUGCCACUUAGAAAAGAACUAGAUCGUUUAAAAGAUGAACUGUCUCAUCAAUUGCAACUCUCAGAUAUCAGGUGGCAGAGGAGCUGGGGCAUUGCCCACCGCUGUAGCCAGUUGCAUAGUUUAGGCCGCUUAGCACAGCAGAAUUUGGAAACACUUAAAAAAGCAAAAGGGUGUACAAUCAUAUUUACAGACCGUUCCGGCAUGAGUGCAGUGGGCCAUGUGAUGCUAGGAACAAUGGAUGUCCAUCAUCACUGGACAAAGCUUUUUGAAAGAUUGCCAAGUUAUUUUGACCUUCAGAGGAGGCUGAUGCUUUUAGAAGACCAAAUAAGCUAUCUUUUAGGUGGCAUACAAGUUGUUUAUAUUGAAGAAUUACAGCCAGUAUUGACACUUGAAGAAUAUUACUCUCUUCUUGAUGUGUUUUAUAACAGACUGUUGAAAAAUAGAAUACCUUUUCACCCUCGAAGUUUGCGUGGUUUACAAAUGAUCCUUAACAGUGACAGAUAUGCUCCAAGCUUGCAUGAACUCGGGCAUUUUAAUAUUCCAGCACUCUGCGAUCCAGCAAAUCUCCAGUGGUUUAUUCUCACCAAAGCUCAGCAGGCAAGAGAGAAUAUGAAAAGAAAGGAAGAAUUCCUCUACCUUCUUUAGAAUGGACACGAUGACUGUCAGUCCAGAGGAACUUCAAUGUGUGCUACCCAGAAUAUCAACCAACUCAACCGGAAGCGGAUCCCGACACCUGUAUCCUACAGGAAGUUCUGAUUUGCUCAGGCAGAGAUGAUUUCCCAGCAUCCGCUGGUGGCCACAAGGCCUUGGGGGAGUCAGCACAACUUGCAGGGAUCCCCAGAGUGAGGGUGGUUGGAAACAGGGGCUUGAGGGGCUCAACAGUGAGGGGCUGGCCAGGAGCUAAGGAACUGGACAGGUAGGAAGGCUUUGAAGCUUACCUGUUGGAAGGUUCUGGGGUGGAGGAGUCUGUGGAGGGAGCUUCAGAGAGCAGGGAGAGCAUUAGAAGGCUGGGGCUCCUAGUAAUCUAAUCUUUAUUGUGUAAAGCAUUUCCCACCCUAUCCCAGCCUAGCUUCUGCCUGGCAAUCUCAGAAUUCUGCAGGAAAGCUCCCCACUGGCUCCUGCCCCGUCCUCUCUCUGUUACAGUGCCUGACACCCCCAACCUGGAAGUGUACCUGCCAUUCCCUUCCCUGCCUGAUUUCUGGCAGUCAUAUCACAUGGCUCCAAAAACAGCAUUGGGGAUUUUCUAGAAUAUGAAUUUAUAAACAAGGGGUGAUGUCCUCUGAGAGGGUAGUUUUGUGUUCAGCAUGAUGGAAGCCAGGGCUUCCUGGAUUGGGAACAUCUCUCGAUCUGCUCCCUACUCCCCUGGGUCUGGUUUGCUGGGCCUCACACCCUCUUCACACCCUGAUGUCCUGAGAAUUAGAUGCUGCCCCCCAUGUCACCACUGCUCACUGGGACCGCCCAUCCCAGGCACACCUUGAAUCCUCACCAGGUUCCCCAGCCUGUGGACCCAGCAGCUGCUGUGUGUCCCAUGGAACCAGCCCACGGUGCUGGCAGAAGAUGGAACGGUCGUCCUCCUGGGCUGGCCCCAGGUCACCCAAGCAGGCUUCUUCCUCUCCUUACCUGCCUGGUGGUGCCCACCCAAUGUGGGGCAGCCCACAGUGCUUCUGGAGCUGAGUGAGAAAUGAAUACCUUCCCAGCCCCUGGGCGCUCCACCAGCAGCCUUCCCACGCUGGCACUAGUAGCCUUGGGCCUUCCCAGAGACUGCGGCAGGCCUGACCUGAGCAUGAGGCCAUUGCUAAGGUGAAGGAUACCCUCCCUGGCUCAUCUAGCCUGCUCCAGCACUGCGCUUUGGUGAGGCUGGUUGUGCUUCUUCCCCUCCUCCCCAAGGCCUCUCCAGCUGGGUCCACACAGGGGCAGUUUCCCAAGGAAGUUAUAACUCAUUCCAUUACCUUCCUUCACUUGAUCCUGGAAAUCCCCUUGCUGUGAAUAUUGGCAAGCUUGAGAGCUUAUUGCUCGCACCAUGGCAUCCAGCUUGUGAUCAGUGUGUUCUGAGGGCUUUGUCUUCCAAGCCUUGGACAACCCUGAAUACCGAUUAGUCUUUGGUUGGCUCCAAGACGCAAUGUCACACAAGCACCAACCUGUGGACACGCUGAAGUUCCCAUGGAGUCUUCUUUCAGGCCGAAGAAAAGAAACUGGCUCCCUUUACAUUUUUUCUAAUGCUAAUGCCUGUGCAUGACUUUCUAACUGGCACAAUUUCCCUAAGGAUAGUUUAGAAUUAUAGUGAUUACUUCGGGGAAACUCUGAUUUAGACAAAACGAAAACAAAGCAAAAUUCUGAAUGUCCAAUGGUCUACUGUCUUCAACUGGUAUGAUUUGAACUCAAAAAAUGCCUCUGUAAAAUAUUCUUAAGCUAUCACGAAUAUGAAUCGGAGCAUCUUUUUUCUCAGGAGCAUCUGUUUUUGUUUUUUAUUGUUUUUUUGGGUUUUCUUGGUUUUUUUUUUUUUUAGAUGGAGUCUCACUCUGUCGCCCAGGCUAGAGUGCAGUGAUCUGAUCUCGGCUCACUGCAACCUCUGCCUCCUGGGUUCAAACGAUUUUCUCCUGCCUCAGCCUCCUGAGUAGCUGGAAUUACAGGCAUGGGCAACCACGCCCAGAUAUUUUCUGUAUUUUUAGUAGAGACGGGGUUUCACCAUGUUGGCCAGGCUGGUCUCAAACUCCUGACCUCAGGUGAUCUGCCCACCUCAGCCUCACAAAAUGCUGAGAUUACAGGCGUGAGCCACUGCGCCAAGCACUCAUCUUUAGAUGCUGACAUUUCCAUAUUUUAUGGAAGGCUUCAAGUCCAAAACUGUCGCUAUGUCAGGUAAACAAAAAUGUUGGCUGGCAAAUCACUGUAUUGUACAAACAUCAACAUUGGGCUAAACAUCUUAAGGAGACUCUGAAUACCCAGAAUAAAAGAACCCUCCUGAGGAAAAUCUUUGUCUGGUUUGCCUAAAUGACAGAUCAUUUUGUUUCACAGGGGAGGCAUCAUUCCUUUCCAUACAUUGGAGAUUAACCCAUUCUGGCUUUUAAAAAGUCAUCUGGCUUGAUAGAAUUGUCACGAACUGAAAUUAUGUUGAAACCAGGUAUAGGACACUCUCGUGUACGUAUUGUAUAAAUGUUUAAACUUUCAUCCCUCUUUUUGCAGAGAAAAAAUGAUUCUUUGUCUAAAGCCAGCUCCCUCUCAUUUUUUUCUAUCGCACUUCCUCUCUUUUUUUCCUCUUUUGAAAACUUGAAAGAUUAAACAAAAAUUGCAUUCAGCUGUUAUCCAUAUAUUCUAGGAAUUUUUAGUUCAGAUAAAGUUUAAAUUGUCUUAAAAAAAAAAGACUGUUAAACUAUGUUUCUUUUUAUGGACACUAGAAGGUGUAUUUCCCUAAUAACUUUUUAAACUCUCUAUGACAUAAAAAAAGACACCAACUUCAAAAGAAAGGAAAACCUUAGCAUGAUUCACUCUUUAAUUAUUAGUUUAUCAUUUUUAAAAAUGUUAGUACAAUAUUUUGACUUGUUCAAGACCAAAAUUAGAUUUCUCAUAAUUCAGACUUCCUAAAUGUCCUAGAUUCAUUUUUUUAUUAUUAAUUUUUUUUUGAGAUGGAGCCUCCCUCUGUCGCCCAGGCUGGAGCACAGUGGCACAAUCUCAGCUCACUGCAACCUCCUCUUCCUGGACUCAAGCAAUUCUCCU